CGCAGCUUCUUGCGCAACACGAGCUAUGAAACACUCACAAUCUCACCACCAUGGCACAACUUUUGCGCGGAAAGCAGGCUGGCGUCAGCAACGACCUUUCUGCUGGCCUGGGACCUGAUCUCUUUGUGCUUGAUCAUAUUCGCAACUAUGGCAUAAACUCUAAGAUAACGCAAAUCGCAUACGACCCUGUACAAUCCCUCAUCGCCGUCGGUACAGGCGAAAGCCAGUUCGGCAACGGCCAGAUCUAUGUCUUCGGCCAGAAAAGAAUCGAGGUGGUGCUGCCGCUCCCAAACCGAGCGUCGGUCAAGAUACUGCAAUUCUGCGGCGAGAAGAUAUUAUGUGUCGACUCGAGGAACGACCUGUCUGUAUUCUCACUAGAGACGAAGAGCCUGGUGAAUGCGCACUCCCCCGCUGCGAAGAUCACGGCGCUGCAUAGCGAUCCCACCAUCGACUAUGCGCUCCUUGGAACACAGUAUGGAGACGUCUUUGCCUAUGACCUGGAUAGACAGGCCCUCACACCCUUGAAGAUUCCGAACUUGUGGAAGGAGCGGUUUCCCCUGUCGCGACCGACGUCCGUCGUCACGCUGGCCCUGCAUCCUCGCGACAUCGGCUCCCUGCUAAUUGGAUACAAUUGUGGUGCUGUCGUAUACUCGUUCAAGCAGAACAAAGCGCUGAGCUUCUUCCACUACUUGCUUCCGAAAGGGGCGCCUGGAGGCGACUCGGACCCUGGCUCUAUACAUACAGAGAGGGAACCGCCCUUGACACAGGCUGUCUGGCACCCGACAGGGACCUUCAUCUUGACCGGCCAUGAGGAUGGCAGUAUCGUCGUCUGGGACCCCAAAGACGGGAGAAUUGUCCAGGCUAGGACAUUGCAAGAUACCAAUGUGAACAACCCAGGGCCUGGCAGCUUCAACCCUGGUGCACUUGAGGGAAGUUUCGCGUUGAAAUCACCCAUCUUCAAGAUUGCCUGGUGCCCAAAUCAGGACCCAGACGACACUGCGAUACUUGUCGCUGGUGGACAGCCGUCCAACAUAUCCGCCAAGAGUCUUACUCUUUUCGAGUUGGGUCGAACACCUGUCUACGCCACUUCGUCGUGGCAAGUGCUGGCGGAUCACUUCGAAAACCCCAAGAGACAACGGAUACUACCAUGUCCGCCUGGCACGGAAGUCGUCGAUCUAUGCUUGAUCCCUCGUUCCUCCCCACACUUUGCUGGAUGCCACGACCCCAUAGCCAUCAUUGCUUUGCUUGCUUCCGGAGAGCUCAUCACUCUCUCGUUUCCAAGUGGCAUGCCCAUCACCCCUACAAAUCAGUUGGCCCUCUCCAUGACACUUGUACACCCAUACAUUGGCUAUGCAAAUCUUGCGCCAGUAGAGCGUACAAAGUGGCUCGGCAUGACAGAGAAACGGCAGCAUGGCCCAAAUUUCCUCCACGGUGGCGCAGAGGCGGUCUAUCCUCUCAAGAGAUUUGAGCACCGCAACGUCGUCCAGACUUCUCAUGCCGACGGGACUGUAAGGCUUUGGGACGCAGGACAUGCUGAUGAGAUCGAGAACGAUGCGCUGCUGCAGGUUGACGUUGCUCGAGCUGUAGGACGGCAAGAGAACGUCGAUGUCACGCGGACGUCCUUUGCUGGCACUGCUUCUGAGCUGUCUAUAGGCCUCAAGACUGGCGAAGUAGUGAUAUUUAGAUGGAACACUAACAAACAACCUGGGCAAGACCUUCCGGCUGGAGAGAAUAAGAUAAAGGCACUUACCAAUAUCCUGGAUAGAACCGAAGCGGCCCUUCAAGAAGGACUGUUGCCUUUCACGCUACUAAACGAGGCUGAUGGACCGGUCACCGCGCUCAAGCAUUCAGACGUCGGAUUCGUCGCGGCUGGUUUCCAGGGCGGAAGCUUAGCUAUCAUCGACUUGAGAGGACCAGCAGUGAUAUACAGAGGUUCGAUCAGCGACUUCAUUACGGAGAAACGAGGGAGUCUCAGACGGAGCUCUAGCCAGGCUGCACCCAAGCCACAAUGGUUGACAUGCAUUGAGUUCAGUGUCAUGACACUCGACGGUGACGAUUACUCUAGUAUCCUCCUCCAUGUCGGGACUAACCUGGGCAAUCUCGCGACGUUCAAACUCGUUCCAGAAGCUGGAGGCCGAUAUGCAGCACACUUCGCAGGCGCCUGCUCCUUGGACGACAGGAUCAUUAAUAUCUGCCCUAUGUACGCCGAGACAGGCCGUCCUGCAUAUGCUUCACAAGCUGCCGUCGCUGGUCUCAGGACGGGGUCGAAGAUCAACGGCGUGUUACUGGCAGUCACUACUUCAGGUGUGAGGCUCUUCCGCCCGGCUACCAACAAGGGUGCACACAAGACUUGGGAUCAGUUUCUGUGCGAUUCAGCCGCUGUCGUGCGGUAUGAGGAUCUUGGCUAUGCGUUGCUUGGGCUGUAUGGGGACGGAUGUGCGAGAGCGUAUUCUCUGCCUGCGUUCAAGGAGAUUGGAUCCGUCAAAGUCAGCGACGUUCUCGAUGUUCGCCGUUUCUCCGAUGCUGUGAUAACCAGCACGGGAGAUAUUCUGGGCUGGAAAGGUCCGGCGGAGAUGGUUCUGAUCAACGUUUUUGGCACAGGACUGAAACUCGAUCGAACCAAAGACACCCUACUAAACCCAGACCUCCUCAUUCCCCCACGCCCAACAAUCAGCUACAUACAAUGGAUAUCCGGCACCCAAUAUGUAACGCCCGCCGACAUAGACCUCCUCAUCGGCGGUCCCGACCGUCCCCCCUCCAAACGCCAACUCGCGCAAAUGCGCUCCGAAGCAGAACAACAACGCCGCGCCGAGCGUGCCGCCCAACCAAACGCUGCCGCAUCCUCUUCACAAUACCCCUCCUACCCUACACAAAUGCAGGCUACAAACGAAGGCUGGGGCGCCUGGGCGUCGAGACAAUUCAACGAGCGAACGGAGAAAUUAAACGCUGUGGGGGAUAGUAUGGAUAAUCUGCAGCAGAAUAGUGCGGGGUGGGCGCAGGAUGUGAAUAAGUAUGUUAAUAAGCAGAAGAGGGGGUUUGUGUUGGGGGCUGUUAAGGGGAAGUUUGGGUUGUGAGGCGUGGGGUGGGGUGGGUUGGGUUGGAGGAGAACUGAGAGGUUUGGAUGGGGUUGUUGAUAAUCACGCUGUUCUGGGAAUGAUGGAGAAUGAUAUUGUUCCGGAUGAGGGGUUCAGAGGAUAUGAGAUGAUAUGAGAUGAGAUGAAAUGAGAUGAGAUGAGAGAAUAAGUACAUCCACGUUCUCCCGUUGCCCAAAUACCCAGCAUCAACCUACCUAUGAUGAAUAUCAUAUCUUUGACACGGCCGAGUACCCCAGCCGUAUGCAUACUUCAUACGCAACGAACCAAGCCCAUACUGGAAUCUCGCUUGGAAGAAAGUCAGCUACUGGGCGUGGAUGCAUGCAUGCGC